UCGGAUGCAGUAGCAGCCGCAACAAAGCAGAAGGUAGAGGACGCCGAGAAGGCAUGUCUGUUGGCAGUUUAACAGCAGCACCAACAUGACGAGGCAGCAGCAAAGGCUGCUGAUGAAGAACGAGUCCAACGUCGAGAGAAGAUAUUCAGCGGAGAGCAAGCUUUGCUCACAAUGGCAGUGGAUUGGCGGGCCGAGGUCGGGAAUGGCAAGAUGGAAGACAGUGAAAACAAGAUCGCUCUACUCCUCUCCCAUCUCACGGACCUCCUGGCAACAUGCAUUACACAGCAGGAGGACAUCCACAGCCUCGACGACACGUUGACUCAAGUCCGCGGCCGCCUCCGGCAGCUGGAGCAGCAACCUGUCGUCGCCCCCGAUGUCAGCUCUUCCAACACCUGCAAUCGCCUCGAGGCAUUGGAGAUUGACGUCAGCUCCCUCGAGAACGGCGUGCAGUUACAGCAAACCGCAACGCAACAGUUGGAGCAGCGGAUCUGUGCUGCCACCAACCACUCGAGCUCGGAACCGCGCGAGACAGCUCCAAAGUUCGAUGGGCAGGAGAUCUUGUGCGACUCGGCGAAGACAGAUCCGAUUUCAUGGUUCCUCAAGUUGGAGCUCACGUUACAGCUACACUACGUCAAAGAACACAAGCACCACGGGUACUUAUACUCCCGCUCGGGGGGCGCGUGCCAAGCAUGGUUGGACAAUCUCUUGUCCAAGUACGGAGUGGUAGUUGCCAACUUGCAUACCAAGAUCAGCUGGGAUGAUCUAAAGGCGGCGUGGCAUAAGCGGUUCCAAGUAGAGCCGCCGGAGAUCAAGGCAAUGGACAAGUUGAUGGUCUUUGAACAAGGCACGCUGUCGGGUGUUGAUUGGAUUGCCCAGUACCAACGCUUGACAUUCGUCCCAGACAUUCAAAUGGGCUUCAAAGCCAUCAAACACUACUUUAUCUCGAGGUCGUGUCCGACGUUGGGCAAUGCCUUGACUCACGUCGAGGACACCCUGGCGACACUAACAGAACUCUUCGACAAGGCGGCACAGAUUAUUGUCACGAACAAGGAGGCCAAUCAUCUCCAGUGUUCGUCUGCGCCAGGCUUGAGCAGAGAUCAGCAUCGGCCGAAAGUGGUCGUGGCCGCAGCGGCAACGCCAAACGACCAAACUAGCGAGGCCGUAUCUGCCAAUGAAGGGGACAGGCUCGCAGCCGCCCGGGAAGGACAAGACGUGUGUGCGGCAUCUUCUCCGUCCGACAGCGGCGACUUAUCGUCUUCAAGUGGUUCUUCAUGGGAUUCGGCGCGCGCAUUCAACAUAGAGGUAUUGGACCCGCUCACGUCCGAGGAUUUCGCAUGGCUUCCUCUCCCGACCACGGACCGCUUGCCAGGACUGCAAUGCGCAACACUAUGCGCUCAUCUUCACACGUACUUAUCCUUCUAUGCACCACCAACUUCACCGACGGAUGACGAAGUCGCGGUGGGGGACAUCCUUGGGUAUGUUACCAAGGUGGCCCGAGAGUUUCACAAUCAGCGCUACGACGAUAACAAUGCACCACUCCUCUAUGUCCGCAUCCAAGUUGGGCAAGCGUCCUGCAGCGCUUUGCUGGAUAGCGGCGCAUCUCGCAAUUUUAUGAGCCAAGCCUUUAUGCAAAAGGCUGGCCUUGGUGCACAAGUUCGAAGGAAGGCAAACCCGACAGCGGUGAAGUUGGCGAACGAAAAGACGCAGCAACUUAUCGACCGCUACGUCGAGGCCAUGGCGGUGUAUUUCGCACCUCAUGCAUGCGAACUGGUGACAUUCGACAUUUUCGACACGGAAUUCGACAUUAUUUUGGGAAUGCCUUGGCUUGCAAGUGCGGAUCACACGGUCAACUUCCACCGACAGACUCUUACCGUUCGCGAUGCCUUCGGCACCGAAGUGUUGUGUACUAUUCCUCUUCCGCACCCUUCGAUUCGGUGCCAAGUGGUGACAGCCAAGUCAUUCCGGGCUACUUGUGCUUACGAGCAGCCCGACGAAAUCGGCCUAUGUUUCCUAUGGACCUUCGCGGUAGCCGACUCUUCACCCACGGACUUGUCUUCGAACCCCCAUGUGGUGUGGUUGCUUGACGAGUUCGCCGACAUUUUCGAGUCACCUACCGGUGUGGUGCUGGAUCGGUCGAUCUCUCACGAAAUCAUUCUUGAGGCCGGUGUCGUGUCGUCGAAAGGUUGCAUUUAUCGCAUGAGCGAGGAGAAGCUUACGGUCCUCCAUGCACAACUCGAUGAUUUGUUGGACAAGGGCUGGAUCCGCCCUAGUAGCUCUCCAUACGGAGCGCCAAUUCUCUUCGUACGGAAGAAGAACAAAGAUCUACGAUUGUGCAUCGACUAUUGCAAACUCAAUGCGCAAACGGUCAAGAAUGCGGGACCUCUUCCUCGCAUCGACGAUCUUCUUGAGCGACUGGGCGGCACGAAGUAUUUUUCUAAGUUGGAUUUGAAGUCGGGAUAUCAUAAAAUCUCGAUCCGACCGAACGAUCGUUACAAGCGGUAUGGGCAUUUUGAGUGGGUGGUCAUGCCUUUUGGCCUCACCAACACCCCGACGACCUUUCAAGCGGCAAUGACCAAGGAGUUCCGUGCAAUGUUGGACCAGUUCCUGCUGGUCUGCUUAAACGAUAUUCUCGUCUAUAGCCGGUCAUUGGAGGAUCAUCUUGAGCACCUUCGACGAGUGUUGGAGACGCUUCGCCGUGCCAAGUACAAGGCCAACCUCGACAAGUGCGAAUUAGUCCGGCAAGAGCUGGAAUACUUGGGGCCAUUUUGUCACACCGGAGGGCAUCAGUCCACUAUCGGACAAGAUUCAAGCCGUCCAAGAGUGGCCGGAGCCACGGAACGUCACGGAUGUCCGGGCUCAUCAACAAAGGCAGUGGAGCAUUUCUUGAAAGUGCAGAAACCGUGUCCUUUUCGGACGGGGGAGAUUGUGGAUGAGCUUGUUACUCAGGGAGGCAAGGUCAACCCCAAAGACAAGAACACCCGGUACUUGCUGCAAAACUUCAGAGGACUCGCCAGGGGCGCAGAGGGGGGCGAUGAGGCUUCAGCGAAUGCAUCAGAUGUGGACGAUCCAUCGUCUUGGCCGGUGCCUCCGCCUGUUCGAAGGCGGUCUAUUCCACAAUUUGUUGCACCGAUCGCAACAACAGAUGAUGAAGCUGUAGUGAAGGGUGAUGAUGGCACCGGUGGAGGAGCGGCCCGUGUUGUGUUGGCGAAGACGCGGACCACAAUAAGAUAGGCUGGAAUUGCCUUCAACUUCUUGAACUUUGACACCACGCAGGCUCUUCACGGUGCUUACUUGGAGGUUGCUAAUGCAAAGCCGAAGGUGAAGUUGCCUACCUACAAGCAUAAGCAAACUGUCAUGUUGGACUACAUCUUCGUGAAGCGGAAGAUGAAGCUGUCGAGGAAGACGACUGACAAUAUCGAGGAGGAAAAGAGGCAAAAGAGACUGAAGAAGAUUCCAAAAGACCGGAUUCCGAAGAGCCUGCUGGAUGACGACUCAAGUGGGAGCAGCGAUCUUGAGGAUCUCAUGUGGAAGGGGAAGUGUUGGAACGAGUCGACUUCCGAGGAGAGUGACGGUGGGGAUGACAUUGGGAAGGACUCAAAUUUUGAGUUGGGGGGCAAGCCGGCGGUGCCAGCCACUACGUACGUCGGUUCAUGGCUUAGGAGGCGAGAGGAGGCAGAGGUGCUGCCUUCCGAGGCCAUUGACAGACUGGACACCGAUAUCGAGUUCUUGGCGCACCCUACGCCUGAUGCCAACGAGGAGGAAGCUGCUCGGGCCAAGGCUAUGGCAGAUAGGGAUGCCGCUUUGGUUCAGAGGCGGAUGUGUGAGGAGGAGGCUCGCCGUGCUGCUGUCCCCACCCGGAGGGAGAGAGAGAGACAGAGCAAACAGGUCAGCCAACAUGAGGAGCAGCAUAGUGAUGAAAAGGAUGAAAGGGUGGACAACAUGGAGGUAGAUGAGGCUGCCAUGCGUGCAGAACAUGAAGGGAGUUUGCAGCAUGCGGGAGGGGAUAUUGAAGCACUCGGAGAAAAAAAUGUGCAGCAAGAAGGAGAAAAAAGUUUGCUGCGAGAUGGGGGUGAUAUGAAGGAGGAUGCGAAAAAAACUCAGCAGCAAGACGGAGAGGAACUGCAACAACCAGCACCACCAACGGUUUACGCACGAAGACCCCGCCCACCGCCACUGCAGCAGCCUGCACCGCAAGAGCCGUGGGAGGACCAGCAGGUUGUGGCUGCGGAGCAUUACUAACACAAAAGUCGGACAUCAUUAAGGAAAUCGAAACCUUCUGCGCAGAAUGGCUGACAGGGGAAAGGGGGGGAGGGAGGAACUAGUAUGUAACAGCAGGCAUCUGGCGCCGGUUCCAGGGUGAAGAGGUUCCCCCCUCUCCCCAAUGUCCUGCCCAGUCAAUCCCCUGGAUUCCAGGGCAAUCAAUGCUGCCAGGAAUC